AUCGCCGUGAAUUCAACCAGGAACGUCAAUUCUACGUUUCAGCGGCAUUUCUUUAGAGAUUAUUGCUGUAGAUUUGUAUUUCUAUUUCUUACAAUGGUUUCCUCCCCAGCCGGAGGCCAUGUUCCCGCGUGGAAACGGCUCGGUCUGAAGCUCAAAUACGCCAAAGACGAAGCCGCACCCAUACAGGCCAGCAGUCCAUCUACAGCUGAGAGCAAGAAAAGAAAAGCCUCAGAAGAUGAUGAUAUAAGUGCCUCACCCAGUGCUUCUGCUGUUUUGACGCCAUCAGCCAAGAAAGUGAAGAAGAUUGUUACCGAAACGCCAGAGACCGGGCCGCGCACGCCGAAACUCAAGUCGAGGAAGUCAGUGACGUUCACCCCAGAAACCAAAAGGGAGGACGGAGAAAGCAUCAAACAACUCUUCAGCGCGUGGGCAGCCGAACAAAAGUCUCAGGAUACUGGAAGCGAGAUUUCGCCCGCAAAGCCUCCUGCACCGCUGCAGGACGCCGAGUCCUCUUCAACAGACACUCCCACCAAGAAAGACAAGACCGAGAAGAAGAAAAAGAAGAAGGCCGAGAAAACUGAAAAGACUGAGGGUCAAGUGAACGAAGAGGUCACUAAAAACGUCGAACACACUACACCUGACAAGCCUACUGACGAAACCUCCGCAACCACCCCUACCACCACCACCGAGGGUGAGGGAACAAAGAAACCCAAAAAGGCCAAGAAAGAAAAAGGUGCCGCGAAGAAGGCACCACAGCCACCUUCAGCAUCUGAGCACCCCGCAAUUGCAUACCUCACUCAAUACCACACGGCGCGCGAACAAUGGAAAUUCAACAAAGCGAAGCAAACCUAUUUGCUCAAAUAUCUCUUUGACCUUACCCGCAUACCCUCUAACUUUGACUACGCACUCUACACAUAUCUUUUGGGGCUGCAAGGCGAAGCUGCUCGCAGCCGCGCGCGCGACUUCGCAGAAGAGCUUCGAAAAGAAGACGAGCAAAAUCUAUCUACUACUACCACGAGCACCGACGCUCAGACAGAGGACAAAGAGGGCGCCACAGAAGAGAUGGAGUCUCACAAGCGCAAGCGCGAGGCUUAUAACGAAUCUCUCAAAAUCUAUCUCGAGCGUCUAAAGAACAAGGAAAUUGAAAAACUCAUCAGCGACGAAGUCGACAAGCAAAUCCUCGACGAGGCGCUCACACAGAAACUCGAGCGGCGGAAGCGUCUCGAGGCAGUCCUCCUCGCGCUUGGAAGAGCAUCUUCUGUUGCUCCCAGCGCGCUUGCCGCUAACAAAUCAUCCGCCGAGCCAGCAAGCAAACGGAUCAAGUUUGACGCCGAGGAGGACGAGCCUGCAUCCAAGCAGCUCUCCAAGUCGCGCAGACGAAAGAGACGGACUGAAGUCUCAGACGAUGAGGAUAGUAGCAGUUCCAGCGAGAGCGAAAGUUCAAGUGACGAGUCCGAGUCUGAUUCAGAGUCUACUUCUUCCUCUGGCAGCUCCUCGUCAGACUCUAAGUCCGACUCGAGUUCAGACAGCGAGCAUCUUCCCAACGGCACACCCUCAAAAGUAACCACGUCGUCUCGACGUGCUCGCACUGCAUCUACUUCUUCCUCUUCAUCUUCGGGUAGUUCCUCUGACGAGGGCUCCUCAUCUUCUGCCUCGUCUGAAUCCGAAUCCGAAUCCUCGUCUUCCGAUGACGACAACAGCGACAGCGACUAAGACUCGGUCCUGCUGCAUCUGUUCACUUUUUCCUUCUUUUCACUUCUCCAAUAUGACUAAAGCUCAUUUUACUAUACACGCAUCAGCGAUACCCUCCAAUAUUCGCUUUUCUUAAUCUGAAGGACGCCGAACAAGCUUCGCUUUCUCACAUAUAUAAAUAGAAACACAAUUUCUAUGACAAUGAGAACAAUAUGAAAAGAACAUCUCUCGC